AGUAUUUGAGGACGUUCAGGUUAGACGAGCAGCCAGACCACUCGCACCUCCAGCCCUGCCUCAGAAACAGAUCUGAAGAACGCUCUGCAAACUACAAAACUCAACAUGCAGCCGAGCCAGAAAACCACGUGCAGCCUCGCUGUCUUCUCCGCUGUUCUCUGCAUCGCCAUCAUGGGGGCAAACGGACAACAAAAGCAACACGAGUGCUGCAAGGAGGUCUCCACCGAGAACAUCACCGUACCCAUAACGGGGUUCCGGCUGCAGAGGAAAAGCCCUCCAUGCGUCAGAGCCGUCAUCUUUUUCACAGCUGAGGGUCCCAAGUGCAGCCACUGGAGAGAGAGCUGGGUGCGUGAGAAGGUGAUGGAGCUCGGGAAACUCCAGGCUGCAGAGAAAGGCCUGAAGAUGAACAGCGCGACGACAGCGCCUCUACAGUCUAGCUCUUCUGCUUAAACAAAAACUCCAUUUAAAUAUGAAGAAAUAUGUUCUGUUUCAAUAUAGAAUUGGCAGGUACUUACCAAAAGACAUUAAUUAAUUACUUACUUAUUUUUUUUUAGCAAUAUUUAUUUAUCAUGUCUAAUGUAAAGUUUUGGAAGACACCUGCAUAUUUAUUCAUUAUUAUUUAUUUCCAUAUUGAAGUCAAAAGGCUGAUGUUUUUUUUUUAUGAUGAUGAUAUACAGUAUUGUCUCAGAGAUAUUUGCAAUAAAUUAUAUUAAAAUAUUAUUGUUCACUUUC